CAGCCGUUUUAGACUCUGACCUCACUAGCAUGAACAGUGUAUUUGCUGCUCUCAGUUGUGAAUGAGAGAGAGAGGGAAAAUGACACUUUUAAAGCUCUUGAAUUUUCAACACAUUCUAAUGCUGUCUGUGUUCACUGGAGCAGCUAAUGGAUAUUAUUUCCAGACAUGGACACAGUGCAUCUAUAGCACUCAUGAUCUCAGUGACAUGGAGCUCAUUGAAGGCUUUUACUUCAAUAAAUAUCCAGUCAUUAAGUUCAACAGCACCGUGGGGAUGUUUGAGGGGUUUUCAGAUCUUGGAGUAAAAACUGCAGAAUUGUGGAACAACGAUACAGCAUUCCUACAGCAAACCAAGGCUAAAGUUGAUACAUACUGCAAGCCUAAUUCUCAAGUUUUCGAAGCAGCGAUCCAUAGUAAAAAAGAGCGGCCGAAAGUGAAGCUCAGUUCAGUGAUGCCGGGCGACAGCACACAUCCAGCUCUGGUGAAGUGCAGCGCGUAUGACUUCUACCCUCAACCAAUCAAAGUGUACUGGCUGAAGGACGGGGUGGAGGUGACUUCUGACGUGACCUCCACCGAGGAGCUGCCCAACGGAGACUGGUACUACCAGAUUCACACCGUGCUAGAAUACACUCCCAAAUCUGCAGAGAAGAUCUCCUGCGUGGUGGAGCACGCCAGCUUCACCAGACCCAUGAUCUACGACUGGACCCCACCACCGGCCCCUGAGUUUGAGUGGGAUAUUCAACUAUUAUUCACUAUUGAAUCUGCUGCACUGCUGCUGGGAGUCAUUAUAGCCGCUACCGGAUACAUUUACUACAAGAUAAAAACAUCAGGACUGUAGAGAGAAGUUCCUAGUACCACGUCAGUGAUGGUCCUGAUUCUGACUGAAAGGAGCCUCAUCGUGGAGAAGCACAAACACGACUAUCACACACUGUCCAGCUCUUCAACUGAUGCUUCAAAAUAAAAAGACAAAAUGA